UUCCUCCCCUUCCUGCAUGAAUGGUGUGACAAAGCAGGGGCAGCCGGGAAAAGCAUUCAGCAGUAGUGCCUGCAAUGCUUAGUUGCCUUUCUCGCAACAGAUCUGGGGCAAGAGGGCAGCGGGCCAUGCAUAAACACAACUAGGGGAGAUAAUGGUGCACAGUUACUCUUAGGAACUGAAGAGCUACAGUGGUCCUUGUUUCCCUGCUAGACAGUCUCUGGUUUUGCUUACAGAGAGCAGAGGAACUUGUGUAAGUCUUGUCUAAGUUUUUUAUUCAUCAACUUUUUUUCAAACAUGGGGUGCUCCUCGUCCAGUGCACAGACGGUUGAUCAAGAGAAAAGACCAGGUACAAAGCCAGAGGAAAGCAAUGGAGACACAUUGGCACUCAGAAACGGUACCAUCCCAGAAGAUGCACAAACCAUCGAGGACCAGAUGCAGUUGCCUGUGCAGACUGCCCUACCAGAUGAUCUACAACCGGGAGCCGAGGAUGAGGCUGAGGCCGUGUUGGUAGCACUGGAGGCCCAGGAGGAUCUUGGCUCUGGGGAGGACCUCCUGACUGCUUCUGAGCCUCUGCUAGAACUUGCUGCCCCUGCAGAGCCAGCCCCAGAGGCCGCUGCUUCAGCAGAAGCCAAUACGAAUCCUGAGGUUGCUGUAGCUCUGGUGGAGGCACUUCCCCCUGUGGAAGAAGCUGCCGCUGUAGAAACUGUAGUGGCUGAGGCCGCCCCGGAGGUUCAAGCCCUUGUUGAGGCUACAGCGGAGGCCCCUUCUGAUAAAUCUGUUGUAUUUGUGCAGGCAGAGGUCCCUGCUGUUGUUGAGGAUGUGACCGCUGAGCCAGCAGAGGCCUCUCCUGAAGUUGCCACCCCUGUGGUUGAAUCUGUUAUAUCAGAGCCAGCAAAGACCUCUCCUGAAAUUGCCACCCCUGUGGUUGAAUCUGUUAUAUCAGAGCCAGCAGAGGCCUCUCCUGAAGUUGCCACCCCUGCGGUGGAAUCUGUUAUAUCAGAGCCAGCAGAGGCUUCUCCUGAAGUUGCCACCCCAACAGUUGAACCUGUUGUUUUAGAGCCUGCAGAAGCCUCUCCUGAAGUUGCUACGCCUCCCCUUGAACCUGUUGCAUCAGAGCCAGCGGAGGCCCCAGUGAUUGGGGAAGAGACACCAGCCGCAGCGGCUGAAGCCCCUGCUGAAGUGACUUCUCCUGUGGAGCCAGAGGCUCCAACUGACAAUGAUGCACCAACUCCUGCCUCAACAGCACCAUGUGCCUCAUCAGAACCAGGUGGAGUUUCAGCACCAACCUUAAGUAAGGCGUCAGCACCAGCUGAAGCGGUAGCCCUAAGUGAAGCUGUAGUACCAGAUGAGGCUUCAGCUCUAGUUGAAGCUGCCGCCCCAGGAGAAGUUGUAGUACCAGCUGAGGCUUCAGCACCAGGUGAAGCUGCAGUCCCAGUUGAAGCUGCUGCCCCAGGUGAAGCUGUAAUACCAGAUGAGGCUUCAGCACCAGAGGAAGUUGUAGACCCAGGUGAAGCUGCAGUCCCAGAUGAAGCUGCAACCCCAGGGAAAGCUGCCACCCCAGGUGAAGUUGUAGUACAAGAUAAAGCCUCGGCACCAGGUGAUGCUGCAACCCCAGGUGAAGUUGUAGUACCAGCUGAGGCUUCAGCACUAGGUGUAGUCUCAGCACCGGCUGAAUCGUCAGCACUCGUAGAGGCAGCACAGCUUCUCAUAGAUCCAAAGAUUGCAGCAGCAACUAUUCCAGAGUUACCUCCAUCAUCUCCAGUCAGUGUUCAGGCCCAAACCGAGCCUCAGAAGGCCGUUGAGGAAGUAACAGCACCUCCAGCAGCAACAACUGUGAGCUCAGAGUCUGUGGCAGACUGUGCAGCACCAGAGGAGGCUCCUGUGGUUGAGUCCACCCCAGCUGAAGCACCCUCGGCACUGGCCCCUGAGCCCUCACCUGAAGUGGUGUCUGAAACUAAGGCCUCUCAGGACAGCAUGAAAGCCAAAAAGGAAGAUUGAGUUGACCGAAGAGAUGCACCAAAGUAACUAAACCCCCCAAAGCUGCCAUUGCACGGAAACUGGAAGAAAAACAAGACAAAGCAAUAAACGCUUACCAAACUGUACACCACAUACAUUAAUAUCCAUGGUGCCUUCAUUUAGGACCUUUUCCCUACAUUUGUAAAUAGAACCUUUUUAAUAUGUUUUUCUAUUGAGACCUUUAGUGCCUGGAGCAGCAUACUCUACACGGAGGCCUAUGCAGAAAAGGCUGUAAAAACACUUGGAUGAGACAAUAGGGUGCAAUAUUCUGUGAAAUCGGUGAACUCUUGUGAGAGUGUGAUUAAGGAUACUUCAAAUAGAUGCUUCCGAGGAAUAGAAGCCAAACACAACUGUGAAUAAAAUUGUAGAAAGACUGUAAGGUGACACAAACACCAAACCGGGUGACACUGCCAGCCUAAAUUUUUAUCCCCUAGAACAGAUUUUUAAAGUGUCAAAAUUUUCACAGGUUGAAUUUUUAGCUUUUAUUAAGUCUAAUUUCUGCCAUAAAGCCACAUCUCUGAUUGGUGUUUUAACAUUAUUUAGUGAAAGGCUUUCUAAUAAGGUUCCUUUAAUUAAUAGGAAUGACAAUUACUAAUGUUAAGUAACAGGGUGGACAGUGUAAUACUCAUAAGCACUACUGUAAGUGUACUGUGUUUUUUCUUUUUUAA